AUGGCGAGACGUAAGGGCCUUACUCUCGCGGAGGUUCAUGCUGCGCUUUUCGAGACCGACUCUGAAUCGGAGGAGAGUGGGGCGUCCGAAGCUGGCAGUUUCGACUCCGUAGAGCAAGAUGCGUUUGAGGAUGGCCUUGAUGUCAUCCUCGACAAGGAGGUUGUGCGCACCCUGUGCACACAUACCAACCUCUAUGCUGCAAAGAGGAAGGCAGCAGGCUACAGGGGGCGGUGGAAGGAUGUCGUCCCGGAGGACAUCCUCCAUUUCAUCAGCCUGGUGAUUUAUAAAGGGUUGUCGAAGACACCUGCUGCGCGGGAUAUGUGGAGGAAGCACCGCCUCUACAACAUGAAGUUCGCCAAGUCAGUGAUGCCAGGCUAUCGUUUCGAGGCCAUCGAAGCCCUACUUCACAUGAGCAACCCUGCUGAUGAUGAGGUCAAUGACCAGCUCCGGGGCCAACCUGGUUUUGAUGGCCUUGGUCACCUGACGGACCAGAUCCUUGACGCCUGCAGGGCCUACUACCAUCCCUGGAAAAACUUGUGUGUGGAUGAACGGGUGGUGGCGACAAAGGCCCGCAUCUCAAUGAAGAUGUAUAACAAAGACAAGCCAUCCAAGUGGGGGUAUAAGUUGUUUGUGUUGGCCGACAGCUCCAAUGGUUACACAUGCGACUUCGAUAUCUACGAGGGCAAGGCAAGAACGCCGUCUGGCCAGGGGCUGAGCUAUGACUCCGUGGUAAAUCUCCUACGUGUGGCGUAUCUGGGCACUGGGUAUGCCAUCUACGUGGAUAACUUCUAUACCAGUGCAAAACUCUUCCUGCACCUCCACAGCAUUGGCUUUGCGGCCUGUGGCACCAUAAGGGAGAACCGGCUUGGCUUCCCCCGUACAACAGUGAAUGCCUUGCCAAAGAGAGCUGCACGGGUAGACAUGCGAUGGAAGAGGAAUGGGCCCCUCCUUUUUGUCAAGUGGAGAGAUACGCGCGACGUCACUAUGUGCUCCACCCUUCACAAGGCCUUUGCCGACAAUACCUGCACACGCAGAGUGAAGGAUCAGCGCACGGGUGUGUGGUCCACUCGACGCUUCACCAUCCCGGAGCCAGUCAGAGCCUACAACAAAUACAUGGGAGGAGUCGACCUGUCAGAUGCUCUGAUCAAAUACUUUACGGUGACCCAGAAGACGAAGCGCUGGUAUUAUAAGCUCUUCCUCCACUUUGUGGAUAUAGCUGUGGUGAACAGCUUUAUCAUCCACAAAGAGAUGCUGAUGGCCCGCAACGAGAGGCCCCUGACACAGAAGGCCUUCAGAGAGGUGCUCAGCUGUGAGCUGGCUGAUGUGGGGCAGCAGCAGCCAAGGUCACCAGCGGAGACAUCCUCUUCAUCUGAUGAGGAAGAGGAAGCGCCACAGGGGUGCUACCCUGUCACAGUGACCGAACCAUCUUCUGAUCCCAGGAAGAAGGCAACCGCGGGAAGGAGGAGGUGUGUGCUCUGCCAACGGAAGACCCUCUUCAUGUGCAGGUCGUGUCAAGUGCCACUCUGCAUCAUCGUGGACAGACUGUGCUUCACAGAGUGGCAUGACAUGCAGGGUGCCCAGUGA